UACUGUUUACACAAGAAUCACAAUAGUGUUAUAAACCGACAGUUUGCUGGUUUCGUCAAGUUUCAGCAACUGUCGUAUUGUGAGUGCCGGUGGCACUCAGUGGGCACUCAGAGAAAAGGUUAUAAAAGGAAAAACAAAUAAACAAAAUCCCUCUUCUUCGCUUAAAAAUCGCGCCAAUCGUACGGUAACUAUUAGAAAGAAAAUUCAGCAUCCGAAUUCCGCAAGUUUGUUCAUGGUGCCGUGACCAGGAUACGCCGAAUUGCUGGUUAUUAAUUUGCGGAUUCUCGCGACCUGUUUUUUCCUACGCAUAACGCAAAUUUUAUCGCGACACAACACUCCCGUUUUUUCGUUACCGCUGACGAAGCUAUUACCAUCGUGUCUGAUCAUGCCAGCGUCUGCCGUCAUUCUAUCGUCCCGAAGGGCAAUUUUGCUGGUCUCAUUAGAUCGCCACGAGAAGUUCCUCCUUGAUUUUCUCCCGGAACGAGACGCUAUCGAGGUCGAAACGCGUAUAACAAAGUUCGACCAGCUAUCCAUUGACUUGGAGAAAAUCCAAGGUCAGCUAGAGGAUUUGGCAAUCACCGAAGAAGAAAUUGCGCACAAUGCCGCUUUACGCGAUGAUUUUGAGCCGCGCUUGAUACGCGCACAUUCCCAGCUAAAGGCUAAAAGGGUGCAUGUUCCUCGAAGCAUUAGUUCCACAUCAAACGCUGGCCCGAGCCCCCUAGUAGGCAUUAAACUUCCCACCAUCGCGCUUCCCGAAUACGAUGGUGAUUACAUGCAGUGGCUAACGUAUAGGGACACUUUUGAGGGCUUAAUACAUGAUAACCCCGACCUACCGCCGAUCCAAAAGUUCCACUAUUUGCGCGCAUCCUUAAAGGGAGAAGCCGCUAAGGUUAUUCAAUCCAUCACCAUCAGUGCCGCAAACUAUGAAAUAGCAUGGAAAAUACUGACGGAGCGUUACUCUAACGAGUACCUGUUAAAAAAGCGUCAUUUGCAAGCCUUAUUCGGAAUGGCCACCAUGAAACGGGAAAGUGCCUCAACCCUUCACCAUCUUGUCGAUGAGUUCGAGCGGCACAAGAAAACGCUAAACCACUUGGGUGAAAACACAGAGGCUUGGAGUAGCGUAUUAGAGCAUUUGCUAUGCACAAAAUUGCCUACAACAACGUUGCGCGAUUGGGAGGAAUUUACAUCAACAAAUGAAAAUCCAAGCUACGAAGGCUUGGUGCAAUUUUUGCAACGCCGAAUGCGAGUGCUCGAAACUCUAAUGGUAAACAAUACCGACGCGCCCUCUAGCGGAAAUCACACGCACUUCACACAUAAACAAUCGAAUCUCACUCGGCUGGCUAGUUUUCCGUCUACCUCUCACGAAACACGUAGGUGCAUAAUAUGCCAGCAAGAGCAUAGCAUCACCAAAUGUCCGCGAUUCAUGACUAUGGGUCCGGAAGAACGAUAUCGACAAGUCAUGUCCAAUAAACUAUGUUUAAAUUGUUUGCGGGACAACCACCGAGCGCGCGAUUGCUCCUCGCAAUACAAAUGCAGACACUGUCACUCAGCACACCAUACACUGUUACACAACGUACACAACGCACAAGGAGCACUUCCCACUGCAAACACCAUGCCAGCUGCGCGAAAUGCUCCGGUAAGCCACCCACAGAACAAAGACGAUCACGCCACAAACACCCAAAGACACCACGUAGCAGCACACGCAAGCCAGCAAACAUAUGAUCACGUGUUUCUGCAAACUGCCGUGGUACACGUUGCUGAUUCACAUGGUACUCUGCACCCAGUGCGAGCACUAUUGGAUAGUGCCUCGCAGCCUGAUUUGAUGAGCACCAGGCUUGCUCAGAGGUUAGCGUUGAAACUUGAUACGGUCAACGUAACGCUCAUCGGUGCGGGUCACUCUUCCACCCCGGUGCGGAAAUCGGUGCGUGCGAAGAUUUCCUCCCGAACGGGCCCAUAUCAGCUGAAUGCUGAUUUCUUGAUUGUGGACAAUUUGAUUGGGGAUUUGCCAGCACAUGAUGUGCGCACCGCCGAGUGGCAAAUUCCGCCGAAUUUUAUGCUUGCCGACCCCCAGUUUAAUAAGUCGGCACCGCUCGAUCUUAUCCUCGGUGCCCGGCAUUAUCAUGCAUUUUUCCAGAGCGGGGCGCAAUAUAAAAUUUCGUAUAACCUUCCUGUCCUCAUUGAAAGUGUGUUCGGCUGGAUCGUGACCGGCUCAGCAUCAGCAUGUAAUAACAACACCGAAACUUCCAACGCAUCUUCAGUCGUCUGCAUGAGCACGCUUGAGGAAUCACUCGAGCGAUUCUGGAAAGUGGAAGAAUUACAAAUAAGAGAUGGUUACUCCCCCGAAGAAAGGUAUUGCGAAAAAUUAUACCAAGAUACAACACAACGAGACGAUACUGGUCGUUAUAUUGUUCGUUUACCAAAGCAGCCUGACUUUGAAGAAAAGCUGGGUUUUUCGAAAUUAUCAGCCCUACGACGUUUUACAAUGCUCGAAAGGCGCCUAGAACGCGAUCCUCAUAUUAAAGCGGCAUACCAUCAAUUCAUGCAUGAAUAUUUGGAGCUAGGGCACAUGUCGCUGAUACAAGCUCCAGCUGACGACGAAUCAGCAUAUUAUCUGCCGCACCAUCCCGUAUUCAAGGCGUCGAGCACAACAACAAAAACCAGGGUGGUGUUUGAUGGAUCAGCGAAAACAUCAUCUGGAUACUCGCUCAACGAAGCGCUAUGUGUCGGCCCUGCAGUGCAGGAUGAUUUGCUGGACAUCAUUCUACGAUUCCGCACGUAUAAGGUGGCGGUUGUUGGAGACAUUGCUAAAAUGUACCGCCAAAUACUACUGCAUCCAGACGAUAGGAAGUAUGCCCGCAUUUGUUUCCGGUUUGAUGCGCAUUCACCGAUCCAGUAUUACGAGCUGAACACCGUAACCUAUGGGUUGUCCCCAUCAUCCUUCCUUGCAACUCGAACCUUGCAGCAGCUUGCAAACGAUGAGGGAACCACAUAUCCUGUUGCCGCAUCCGCUCUGAAGAGCAAUUUCUACGUGGACGACUUCAUAGGCGGUGCGGAUUCGAUCGAAAGCGCUCGGCGUCUACGAGUAGAGUUAGAUGAAUUACUUUCAAGGGGUGGGUUUGAAUUACGGAAGUGGACUUCAAACAGAUUAGAGGUGCUUACCGGUCUAACUGCGGAUCAGAUCGGCACACAGUCAGCGCUACAGUUUAUACCCGACGAAACGGUAAAGACUCUUGGAGUUUCGUGGGAGCCAGAACAUGAUGUUCUAUCAUUCGAGUCCGCAAUCGACACCGACACAGCAAGUCCUACUAAAAGAAGCAUCCUCUCUAACAUAGCCCGCAUGUUCGAUCCGCUUGGCCUGAUUUCUCCCAUAGUCGUACGAGCCAAAAUCUUGAUGCAGGAGAUGUGGUUGCAGAAAGCUGGUUGGGACGAUCUUGUUCCUGAUUCUAUCUGCAAGAAAUGGAAAAAUAUUCAGCAAGAUUGGCCACUCAUAUCCGGUUUUAAGAUCGAUCGCUAUGCGCUGUUACCUGGUAGUAAAUUGCAGUUACACACCUUCUGUGACGCAUCUGAAGCAGCUUACGGGGCCUGCAUUUAUGUUCGUUGCGAAAGUGAGCAAGGGGAAGUUCGCACCACUUUACUUUCAUCCAAGUCGCGAGUGGCACCACUUAAGCGUGUCACACUACCUCGACUGGAACUGUUUGCUGCAGUAUUAGGCGCUCAUCUUUACGAUCGAGUCAAGAAGGCGAUGGGACUACACGCAGCAGAAGUAUUCUUUUGGUCCGAUUCUACCGUCACGUUAAAGUGGAUCAGCGCCUCACCUAACACGUGGGCAACGUUCGUAGGCAACCGAGUAUCGGAGGUGCAGCAUUAUACUCAUCCUCGUCAGUGGAGGCAUGUUCCCGGCUCAACUAACCCUGCCGAUCUGGUCUCACGCGGCAUGUCAGCAGCAGAUUUCCUGCAGAGCAAGCUGUGGAGUUGCGGUCCGGAAUGGCUAGCACUACCCGCAUCCAACUGGCCCAACUGUAAUCCUGAACCAGCUGAAGAUACGAAUCUCGAAAUUCGUCAGGUGAGUGCCGCCUAUGUAAACACCAUCACUAACCCUUGGUUUACGUUGUGUUCCAGCUACACGCGAUUGUUGCGCAUCGUUGCAUACUGCAUUCGCUUCACACGUAACACUAAGGAGAAGGCACGCACUCAACGAACACCAACACACUUCGCAUCACCUUUAGUCAUCACUCCCGAAUACAUGGAAGCUGCUAAAACUGUGCUAUGUCGUUUAGCACAGCAAGACGCAUUUUCAGCGGAGCUACGGCAAUUGGCAAAAGGUGAAGCAAUAGGAAGACAAUCACCACUACGGCGACUCAACCCAUUCCUCGACGAGCAAGGAAUAAUACGAGUAGGAGGACGAUUGAAGCUUUCGCAGCUUCCCUACCAAUCCCAGCAUCCCAUAGUACUUCCUAAGAAGCACAAAUUCGCACAUCUAAUUGCAACCUACUAUCACGAGCAACUUAUGCAUGGCGGCGGAAGAUUAUUGCUGUCGCAAAUAAGGGAAGCAUAUUGGCCACUGGACGGAAGGUGCUUGGUGAAAAAAAUCGUGCGAAACUGUUUCCGUUGCAUACGUCACGAUCCUACACUCGAGCAACAACAAAUCGGCCAACUUCCACCACCUCGGGUCAUUCCCAGCCGGCCGUUCUCCGUAACCGGAGUGGAUUACGCUGGCCCAUUCUAUCUGAAACCAGCACAUCGUCGAGCUGCCGCUGUUAAAAGCUACUUGUGCGUAUUUGUAUGCUUCGCAACGAAAGCGGUCCACUUAGAGCUGGUGGGAGACCUCACCACAGCUGGUUUUCUGGCGGCGUUACAUCGAUUUGCAUCCCGUCGCGGUUUACCAGCGCACAUACACUCAGACAACGGAAAGAAUUUCGAAGGCGCUGCGCACGAGCUCAGCGAACUAGUCAACAUGCUGAACGACGAACAGCAGCAGCACAUCAUUGCCACCAAUUGUGCCAACAAAGGUAUC